UGCAAACCAACAAUUCAGACCAACACAUAGCUUUGUCUCCUCUCCGAUCUUGGCCAUGGAUGGAACUAAGAACCCGCAGCAUGGCCGUACUGCCUACCACUUCCAGCCGGCAAAGAAUUGGCAAAAUGAUCCCAAUGGGCCUAUGUACCACAACGGCAUGUACCACUUGUUCUACCAGUACAACCCCCACGGCCCAACCUGGGACGCCGGCAAGCUCUCCUGGGGCCACUCCGUCUCCGGCGACCUGGUGAACUGGGCGGCCCUGGACAACGCCCUGGACCCGACCUCCCCCUUCGACGCCAACGGCUGCUGGUCGGGCUCCGCCACGGUGCUCCCGGGCGGCCGCCCCGCGAUCCUCUACACCGGCAUCGACGCCGACAGGGUCCAGGUCCAGAACGUGGCCUUCGCCAGCAACCCCUCCGACCCGCUCCUCCGUGACUGGCACAAGCCGAGCUGCAACCCCGUGAUCGGGAUCCCCGCGGACGUCACCGGCAACAACUUCCGCGACCCCACGGAGCCCUGGCGCGGCAGCGACGGGCUCUGGCGCGUGGCCGUCGCCGCCGAGGUCGAGGGGAAGGGCACGCUGCUCGUGUACCGGAGCGCCGAUUUCCUCCGCUGGGAGCGGAACCCUGGGCCUCCCUUGCACGCGAGUUCUCCCGCCGUGCCCGUGCUCGAGUGCCCGGAUCUGUUCCCGAUCUCCAUGGCGGCGGCGGCGGAGCAGGAGGGGCUGGACGCGUUGAUGGCCGCCGGGGGUUCUUCUUCCGGGGGGGUGACGCACGUGCUGAAGCUGACCGACUUCGCCAAGGAGGACCACUACAUGGUGGGGCGGUACGACGAGCUCGCGGGGGACACCUUCGCGCCGGCGGAGCCAGAGCGCGGGGACGACCCGGGGCGGUGGCGGCGGCUCGACCACGGGCACCUCUACGCGUCCAAGUCCUUCUUCGACGCGCGGAAGAAGCGGCGCGUGCUGUGGGCUUGGGUGGACGAGAACGACGGCGCCGCGGAAGCCAAGGGCUGGGCCGGCAUCCAGGCGUUCCCGAGGGCGAUGUGGCUGGACGGCGACGGGAAGGGGCUGGUGCAGUGGCCCGUGGAGGAGAUCGAGACGCUGCGGAGGAAGCGCGACUCCGGGUUCGGACCCGAAGGAACUGAAGUGGGCGCCGGCGGGAAGGUCGAGAUCGGCGCUGGGAUCCAGAGCUCGCAGGCGGACGUGGAGGUGGUGUUCGAGAUCCCGAGCCUGGAGGAAGCCGAGACGCUGGACGACCUGGAAUGGGCGCUGGAUGACCCGCAGAGGCUGUGCGCGGAGAAGGGCGCCUUCGUGCACGGCGGAGUCGGCCCGUUCGGGUUGCUCGUCUUGGCCUCCGGUGGCCUGCAAGAGCACACCGCCGUCUUCUUCCGGGUGUUCAGGCACCAGGGCAAGUACAAGGUCCUCAUGUGCACCGACCUCACAAGGUCGUCUACCAAAGCAGGGGUGAACAAACCAUGUUACGGUGCGUUCCUCGACGUGGACGUGGAGAAGGACAGGAGCAUAUCGCUGAGAACACUUAUCGAUCAUACGGUGGUGGAGAGCUUCGGGAACGGGGGGCGGACGUGCAUGACGGCGCGCGUGUACCCGGAGCACGCGGCGAAGGGCCGCAGCCGGACGUACGUGUUCAACCACGGCGCCGGCGCCGUCAAGGUUUCCAAGCUGGAGGCGUGGGAGCUGGCGGCGGCGGCCGUCAACGGUGCCGGAGGAGGCGGCGGCUCGGUUGCGCCGGACGUCGCCACGGUCUGGAGUGACUUUGUGAUUUAGGGGUUUGCUUGCCUCGAUGGCACCGUAAGUGUGGCGGUCUCGAGCCUCGGGUGCAGAUUUGGGGUGAUUCAUCCGGCCUAUCUUCCGUGUUAAAUUUGUGUUGUUCUUGCUGUGGGGAUUUGAUAAUGAAGAAGAAUAAAACGCAUUGGUGAUUGGUGGGAUGUUAAGUCAG